UUAUAAAUAGACCCAAUAAAUGUCACAUCACCGUUCCAAUUUCGAAGUUCAAACAAAAACGACCCAACAUAAUGACGUGUCGAUGUAAACACGAGCCUCGAAUUCGCAAAUAUCCGUUGCGAAUAUUUGAAAUCAACAAGUUAUGGAAUUAAUUGUGCAUAAUGAAAGCAAACGUGAGGAAUAAGAGUCAAGUUUACAGUGUGGGCAAUUAUCUGAUGAACGGUACUGUCUUCGGGAAGGGACACUUCGCGCGAGUCGAAGAGGCAACUCAUAGGAUCAUUGGUAAAAAGGUGGCAAUAAAAAUAAUAGAUCUAACAUGCAUAAAGGAGGAAUACGCGAGACGGAACCUUCACCGCGAGCCUCGCGUGAUGGCCCGGUUGCGACACCCAUGCAUAGCCGCGCUCUACGAAACUAUGAUGCAUGGCCCCCGACUGUACGUGGUGAUGGAGGCGGCGGGCGGCGGCGACCUGUGCGCGCUGGUGCUGGGCGCUCGCGGGCCGGCGCGCGGGCUGCCCGAGCCUCGAGCCAGGUGCCUCGCCGCGCAGCUCGUCUCCGCUGUGCGACAUAUGCACGCGCGUGGGGUUGUGCAUAGAGAUUUAAAAAUGGAAAACAUCAUGCUGGAUGCAACUAAACAGUUCAUUAAGAUCGUUGAUUUCGGUCUCUCCAACGUGUGGAGCGCAGGCGGGGCGCUGCGCACGCCGUGCGGGUCACUUGAAUACGCCGCUCCUGAACUGUUUGUAGACGGACGCCGCUACGGACCCGAGGUGGACCUCUGGAGCAUAGGCGUGAUAGUGUACGGCAUGGUGACGGGCGGGCUGCCGUUCACGGGCGCGGGGGGCGGCGGCGCGGCGGGCGGGGAGGGGCGCUCGCGGCCGCAGCUGCGCGCCGCCAUCACGCGCGGCUUCGCGCGGAAACAACGCGCCGCGCUCGCGGCCGUUACGCCAGAGUGCAAAGCGUUCAUCCAGCAGCUCCUGGAGCCCAACGUUGAAACGCGGAUGAAGAUCGACGAGGCGGCGCGCCACCGUUGGGUCAAGAAGACCGGCAUGCGCAUGAAGACGCACCCGCUCGGCGCCAUUGAGCCCAAGAUUCAUAGAGAGAUGUACAAACAAAUAUCCGAACUAUGCGGCAUGACCAUCACAGACGUGGCAGCGGAGAUCAAGGCAGACCCGUUCGGAGCGGUCGCAGGCAUAUACAACAUCAAGGCCCACCUGCAUCAGAUGCACGCCGCGCCCCACGAUCUCCUCUGGUCGGCCACCAACCAAGAACCGAGACCAGCCACGCCUCCAGAGUACAAACCCAAGCCCGAGGGUGCAAACAUCAGGCCACUGUUCCAACAACUGAAAGAGCAACCUAUUAACCCGAAACCCCAGGAGACGGCUUCGAAGACCGUGCAGACCGAGAAAAGCCCAGGGUUGGUCAGGUCCAGUGGCUAUGGAAAACCGGUCUUCAAAGUAUACGAGAAUGGAGAUGGCCAGGGUCCAAGGCUCCCGAUAAUUGAUGAACAUGGGAACGUGGAGGCUGUCAGGAGCCCUUACGUGAGGAAGGUCAGCUUGGAAAAUGAAAGGCAACGGCUCAACAGCUGUCCCGUCAAGAUCGGCGACAAGAGGACCGAGUUUUACAGAAAAGCCGGUGAUGGUUUACCAAGUUGGCGCGCCAGUGGUGUGAACGCGCCGCCUCGCAUCCUACUCCAGAACAAAGCUACCAGCAUAAAGAGAGCAUCCUUGGGGAACAUAGUCAGUCCAAAUUCAUCGACCAAUAGCCAGUGUAAAAGCGAACGCGCCAUGCCGGUGGGAUGGUAUUCAACAAGAAGUAUCACUAAAGAAAGCACGCACUUGCAGAGGCUGCGACGGACGGCACCUAUGAAAUAACCAGUUUCGAACGUACCGCGGCACACAACACCGUGCGGAGACAAAACGCCACGCGCCAUAUUUGGUGAGGAAAAAUCAUUUAUAAUACUUAUAAAUAUUUUUAAUUAAUGUUUAAAAUGUUUUAAAUAAUCACUGUUUAGUCACUCUCUUCUUAGCUUUAAAAGUUUGGUCGGAUAUACAUCAUAAAAGUAAUAAAAUAACCAGUGCAGACUUUGCAACAACAAGCCCUAUUGUGUAGUAAAUAUUGUCAAACAGAGCGCCAUAAUAUGUACAUUAGUUCGCCAAAUUGUCUAUAUUUAAUUGUUACUGCUUUAGCGCUGUCUUAAGGAGCAAAACUUGUUAUAUUUGGUCAAGCCUUUAGGA